AUGGCCUCUGCAAAAGGGGUAUUGCGGAACGUGCAGGCGCAGGAGGAGGCGUCUCCGCAUUCCCCUCGGGAAGGGGGAGUUUUGCGCAACGAUGAACUGGUGCGUCAGCUGGAGCAACUUAAAGACAUCGACGCAUUGCAGGCCCUAGCACACAGCAUGGCAGCAGGGGGAAAGGAGGGUUCAUCUGUGCUCACCGCGGCUCAGCUGGGGGAGGUGAUAUCUGCGCUGCAGGCGCAGGUGCAGGCUGAGGUGGCAACGCAUCAUGACGAGCUGCUGCAGCAGCUGUCCUCGUUAAAAGACACAGAGGGCGUGCUGUCUGUGGUGCGCGCUGGAGUCGACUCGUUACUAGCCUCUGUCCAGCGCGUGCGGGCAGAGAUAGCAGACCCGUAUCAGGCCAUUCAGGUGAAGACACGUCAGCUGGCAGCUCUGUACGACACCAUGGAGCUGCUGCGAGCCGUCAUUAAGUACCUCAAACUGGUGCGGAAGCUGAGGGAGCAUUUGAGUGGGGGAGUGGAGAAGGCGGAGCUGGGGAAGGCGGGGCAGGUGUGGCAGGAGGUGGGGGCGGUGCACAGGGAGGCGCAGCUGGGGGGGGUGCAUGUGGUGGAGGCGCAGCACGAGUGGGUGGCGGAGGCAGGGCAGGCUAUCAGGAGGGAGGCAAUGCGGGCGCUGGAGGGGGGCAUGGAGGCGAUGAACCAGGCUGAAGUGGGCAGCGUGCUGCAGGUGUUUUUCAAUAUGGGCGAGCUGAGGCAGACGGUGGAUCAGCUAGUAGCGAAGCACAAGGGGCAGGCCAUGCGAGCAGUGGCCACAGGGCUAGACAUGAAGGCUAUCAGCGCCAGCAUGGGAGCUUCAGGCGGCGGAGGAGGGAUGGGCGGGUCAGUAGGCGGACCAGGAGGAGCCAUGCGCAGCGGCACGCCCCCAAUGGGGGGUGCCCCCAGAGCCCGGGAGGCGCUGUGGCAGCGGCUGACUGGAUGCCUGGAUGAGCUGGCGCGCGUGAUGGUGCUGACGUGGCACCUGCAGCGAGUGAUGGCGAAGAAGCGAGAUCCGAUUUCGCACCUUGUGUUCCUCGACCACGUGCUGCAGGUGCUGCUGCAAGCACAGAGAUCCCGUCUCGCACCUUGUGUUCCUGAACCACGUGCUGCAGGUGUGGUGAGGGGUGGGGAGGUAUACGGGGCAGUGUGGGAGGCGUUGCUCCGCGCCUUCUUAUCGCAGCUGCGAGCCACUCGCCCCACCGCCCAUCACCCCUGGUCUUACCCUCCUGUUCUUCUCUCUCUCCCCUCUCCCACCUCCCCCGGCCAGUCAGGGGACGCCCUACCCACGGAGCGAGUAUGGGAGGCGUUGCUCCGCGCCUUCUUAUCGCAGCUGCGAGCCACUCGCCCCACCGCCCAUCACCCCUGGUCUUACCCUCCUGUUCUUCUCUCUCUCCCCUCUCCCACCUCCCCCGGCCAGUCAGGGGACGCCCUACCCACGGAGCGAGUAUGGGAGGCGUUGCUCCGCGCCUUCUUAUCGCAGCUGCGAGUCACUCGCCCCACCGCCCAUCACCCCUGGUCUUACCCUCCUGUUCUUCUCUCUCUCCCCUCUCCCACCUCCCCCGGCCAGUCAGGGGACGCCCUACCCACGGAGCGAGUAUGGGAGGCGUUGCUCCGCGCCUUCUUAUCGCAGCUGCGAGCCACUCGCCCCACCGCCCAUCACCCCUGGUCUUACCCUCCUGUUCUUCUCUCUCUCCCCUCUCCCACCUCCCCCGGCCAGUCAGGGGACGCCCUACCCACGGAGCGAGUAUGGGAGGCGUUGCUCCGCGCCUUCUCCUCCCAGCUACGAGCCACGUUCACCGCCUCCUCCUUCGUCAAAGAGACCUUCGUCUCCGCCUAUCCCCGCCUCCUCGCCUCCCUAGAAUCCUUCCUCGACCGCCUACAGGCGGACACAGACGUGCGCGUGCUGGGGGGAGGGGGAGGGGGAGUCGGGGGAGGAGCGGGAGGAGGGGGGUUUGGGUUGGGAGCGGUUGGAGGUGGUUCUGUGGUGGCUGGUUCGUGGGCCAAUGGCGGCACGCCGGCGGUUAUUUCUGUGGAGCAUCGCGCGCAGAUGAUGUCUGCUCUUGAGCCGUUUCAGGCCGCGUAUCUGGCCCUCUCGCUCUCUAGAAUGACGGAUCCGAUUAACACGAUGAUGCCAGGAGCAGGGGGUGGGAGGGGGGGUGUGCCGGGGCCAGAGGCGGGGGUGAGGCUUAUAACGAGGAUGGAGGAGGAGGUGGAGGCGGUGAAGGGGAAUGGUCGGCUGCUGAGGCUCGUGCUGGCGAAUGCUGGCAAGGCUCUGCAGCUGCUGGCAGAGCGAUGUGAAUACCAGGUGGCCACCGGUCCCGAGUCCCGGCAAGUCCUGGCCCCCUGCUCGCCAGCGCAGCAGCGCAACAUCUCCCUGUGCGUGCUGCUGGGAGCGGUGCACACACGCUGCAUGCAGCUACUCGCCCGCCUGCCAGAGGAGGCGGACUCCGUGAUGGAGGCGGGUGUGGGGUCCGUGCACGGGGUGGCCAUGGAUGCUGUCGCUCCGCUCUUCAAGGCCAUGCGGGAUCGCAUCGAGGCCUGCAUUCUCCAAAUCCACCAGCAGGACUUUGCCUCAGACGACCCCAACGCCCCUCCCUCCUCCACCACCCCGCCACCCCCCGGCUCGGCCUCAAGAAACCGCGCCAGCAGCAGCGGGGGCUCCAGACCACCCCAGAAGCAGAACCAGAAUCAGCAGCAGCAGCACGAGUCAGCGGGCGACAACUGCUCGCCAUACAUGGAGAACACCAUUCGAGCCAUCACCCACUUCCACACCGAAUUCCUCUCCAAGCUUCUUCUCCCUGACUCCUCCUCUACCUCCUCCUCCUCCGCAGCGCCGGCCUCGUCCAUAUUCGCUGCAUCUCUGUCCGGUGCUGCGGGAUCAGGCCCUCUCUCUCCCUCCACAGCCCUGCCCCCUGCGACUGUCUCUGAGCCUGUUGCGCAGUCUCUCGCGAAACGCCUGGCAUCCCGCACACUUCUAUUUUUCGUCCGCCAUGCCUCGCUGGUGCGACCGCUAUCAGAGGCGGGGCGGCUGAGGCUGGCGAGGGACAUGGGCGAGCUGGAGUUCGCAGUGGGGCAGCACCUCUUCCCCACGCACGCCCUCGGCGCCUCCUACCGCGCCCUCCGUGCCUUCCGCCCUCUUCUCUUCGUUGACCUCGAGAAGAUUCCAACCAGCUCGCUGAUGCAGGUCAGUCCCUCAGCUCAUAUCAACGAUAGUGAUAAGAGUGAUUGUAGCGAUCCGUGGUCUGUUAUGGACGAGCUGGAGUUCGCAGUGGGGCAGCACCUCUUCCCCACACACGCCCUCGGCGCCUCCUACCGUGCUCUCCGCGCCUUCCGCCCUCUCCUCUUCGUAGACCUCGAGAAGAUUCCAACCAGCUCGCUGCUGCAGCAUCUCUUCCCCACACACGCCCUCGGUGCCUCCUACCGUGCUCUCCGCGCCUUCCGCCCUCUGCUCUUCGUGGACCUGGAGAAGAUUCCAACCAGCUCGCUGCUGCAGGGGCCUCCUACCGUGCUCUCCGCGCCUUCCGCCCUCUCCUCUUCGUUGACCUCGAGAAGAUCCCCACCAGCUCGCUACUGCAGGGCCUCCUACCGCGCCCUCCACGCCUUCCGGCCGCUGCUGUUCGUGGACCUCGAUAAGAUUCCAACCAGCUCGCUGCUGCAGGUCAGUCCCUCAGCUCAUAUCAACGAUAGUGAUAAGAGUGAUUGUAGCGAUCCGUGGUCUGUUAUGGGCGAGCUGGAGUUUGCAGCGGGCCAGCACCUCUUCCCCACGCACGCCCUCGGCGCCUCCUACCGUGCUCUCCGCGCCUUCCGCCCUCUUCUCUUCGUGGACCUGGAUAAGAUCCCCGCCAGCUCGCUGCUGCAGGACCUCCCUCCAAGCGUGGUUCUCCACCACCUCUUCUCCCGCGCGCCCCCUGAGCUGCUCUCCCCAUUCACCUGCUCGUUGCCUCACUAUAAUUUUCCCCCUUCUCCCCCCGGACCCCCCUACUCACCCCCCCAGGACCUCCCUCCAAGUGUUGUCCUGCAUCACCUCUUCUCCCGCGCGCCCCCCGAGCUGCUCUCCCCGUUCACACGCAUUCAGCAGCCUCCAGCGCGCUACUCCCUCUGGCUGGACCAGCACUCGCAGCAGCAGGCGUGGCAGGGCAUCAAGGCGUCAUUAGAUGAUUACGUGGGGAGUGUGAAGGCGAGGGGUGGGAAGGAGUUUCACCCGGUGUAUGCUGUGAUGCUGCAGCUGGGACAGACGCUGUUGCACUCGCAGCAGCAGGCAUGGCAGGGCAUUAAGGCGUCAUCAGUAGACGAUUACGUGGGGAGUGUGAAGGCGAGGGGCGGGAAGGAGUUUCACCCGGUGUAUUUGGUGAUGCUGCAGCUGGGGCAGUCGCUGCUUCUUGGGCCAGGCAAUGAGGGCAAGUAG